UUAUGUCUGAGUUCAGUUUUCUUCUAACGAUCUUCUACAAGCGAAUUUCUUGGCCAGCUUAUUUUCAAACCAAAAUUUUACUUUAUUCUGUUUAAGAUGAUGAAGAGGUGAGGGGAGUGAUUUUUAAAGCAAGGAAGUUCGCUCGAUACGCUGUAAUGAGUUUACAUAAUCCCUAGGACUACUUCACUUGUAUAGGUAAUGGACAAUGAUCUUGUUCUUCUAUAGAGAAAUUAAAAAUAUCUAAUACUCAUGAAAUGAAAAUAUAAAUCAAAUUCUCCACUGUUGUAAAUAUGAAUUUCUAUUUUCAAAGCAUUCUCCAACUAAUCUGCAUUCAAGGAUAUUGUGUGCGCAUUCAAAUUCCAGCGCUUCACAAAAAUUAUUUGCGGUGGUUGAGGCUUCCAACUAUUUAUUAAUAGCCAACACAAUUGGCUGGGCUGGAUUGCUUAAAAUUAUAAUUUUCGGACCACAAAGACGACGACAGCUGCGUCGUCAAAGUGGAACCAUUAACGUGUAGAAAAUAAUCACAAAUAUACAAAAACAAAUACCUUUGCUUACAUACACAUAUGAAUGUAUACCUACACAUGCCUGCAUAUAUUGUGAAGAGGCAAAAUAAAAAAAAAAAAUCGAAGAAAUUGUUGAAAAUAUAUUUCAGCGAAACGGAAUUUUAAAUUUGGAAAUCCAAACGGAGAAACGGAGAAAGUGUUGUUUGUGUCAGCGCUGCGCUGGCCGCUUAGUGAAAAGUGGAGAAAAUUUUGCGGAGAACCAGAAAUGAAAGGCACACGGUACAAAAACAAUACUUGUUUGUGAAAUAAACACAGAAAAUGAUUUUUGUCACAUAAAAUGAGUAAAGCGCAGAAAAAUUAUGUGCUUUUCACAAAGUGAAAAUGUGAAAAUAUUUGAAUAAAGUGGCUAUUUUUAGUGUGUGUGCGAAGAAACGCAGCGCAACGGCCAACGGCUGAGCUGGAGAAAAGUGCUUUCUUAUUUUGAACGUAUGACAAACAAACAGGCAAAAAGGCGAUAGUGAACGCAAUAAAAUAACAAUUCUCGGGUGCUUAACGUGAAUUGAGGAGGAAGUGUGUGAAAUUAAAUUAAAUUUGAAAUUAACUAAAGCAAUAAUUUUUAUAAAUUUACUAUUAAAUAAGUAAUUAAAUACUAGCGGUUAUAAUUUCGAAAAAAAAAAUCUACUUUUGAGUGCAGAAUUAACUGAUAUUUAUGUGCCUUUAAACGGAAUACUCGUGUGCACUUCAUUUGGAUUAUGGAAAAUGUUACUGCGACCGCAACAGCAGCUAACAUACGUCAGCAACAACAACAAUUACAACAGCAUCAACAGUUGCAGCAACAUCAUCAAGAACAACAGCAACAGCAUGAACAUCAACAGCAAUUUUGUUUGCGUUGGCACAAUCAUCAGACUAGUCUACUGAGCACACUACCAGUGUUGUUAGAUCAAUCCCACCUCACCGAUGUCACCAUCUCAGCAGAGGGACGUACAUUGCGUGCGCAUAGAGUUGUGCUCAGCGCAUGCAGCACUUUCUUUCUGGAGCUCUUUCGCACACUGGACACCAACAGCCAUCCAAUUAUUAUCAUACCAGGCGCUUCGUUUGCCGCCAUUGUGGCGCUGCUCACCUUCAUGUACUCCGGUGAGGUGAAUGUGUAUGAAGAGCAGAUACCGAUGUUACUCAAUCUGGCAGAGACUUUAGGCAUUAAAGGUCUCGCAGAUGUGCAGAAUAAUUUACAGAAAGCGAAUAGACGCGCUGCAACAGCACCUCCGGCGCCACCGCCGCCUGCGCAUGAUUUCUUCGAUGCACUGCGUAAAGAAGAGUCCGACACACCGCCUACACCAUCCUCACCACCAUCAGCGCCCACCACUUCCAUGGCACCACCGACGCUGCCACCACCUUUAGCCGUCACCGUACCACCACCGAAUGCACAGUUACCGUUACUCUCUGCCGCCACAGUACCGAACGCAUUCAAUACAACACUACUUGGCAGUAAGCUGCCCACACCGCUUGAGAGCUUGUUUCUCAAGUCCUUGCAAUUUUAUCCGAAUUUGCUGCCGCAGCCACUUAAUUUCUCACAAACAGCGCUAAAUAAGACCAACGAAUUGUUGGCUAAAUACCAACAGCAAUGCAACAGUUUGUAUCAGGAUGCGCUGAGCUUGUCCGCCAAGGAGAUUUCUCCACCUUUCGCCACGGAAGACUAUACACCAACUGGCAGAACAGAGUUUACUGCAGCGAACGAUGAGGGUGGCCUUGCUUAUGGCGCUGCUAAACGUUUCUGUUUGGCUGAAAAACAGCGUACAUUAACGCUGUCAACGGCGUCGCAUCUACACUAUCAGCAGCAACAGCCACAAACACCGUCACCACACGCGCACAUACCUCAUACACUAACACAUACACAAACCAACUUACAACAACAAAAAGACAUUAAACGUAUUGAUAAGAUUGUAGAGAAUUUGCGAAAGACGCCAACAGUCGUCGAAAGUGGACUACAGGGUGCACAAUAUGCACAACAGUCCAUGCAUCAGCAGCGACAAUCGCCACAGCAGCAGCACCAAAGCCUACAUGGUCAACUGCAGGCGCCGUCGUUGAGCGUAAAGACAUCCUUGGGCAGCAACUACACACCUACCUUGCAUUCACCACAUUUGAGUGACAAUAAAUCACCCUGGUCUUUGACGGCGCCAUUGUCUUGCGGCACGACACCAGGUCAAAUACAACAGCAGCACCACCAACAACACACACACGCGUUGUCAUAUUUGAGCGCGGAAGAACAGGUGGCCAAAUUGCAGCAACAAAUAGAUCAGUUUGCUAGCUGUAGUCGCAGUGUUGCAGCGACUGCAACCACAGCCAGCGGCGCGAAUUACAACGAGCCUAAAGCUAAUGCGCAGUCAGAUACGAACUUGUUGGCUACUUUGUCAGAAAAGCUAACUACGGGCUCAGCGCAUGCGGUGAACGCCACGAAUACAUCGAAUACUAGUCCACAGCAGAAACCACCAUCAAACUCGAAGUUGUAUGCGACCUGCUACAUAUGCCACAAACAGCUCAGCAAUCAAUACAACUUGCGUGUGCACCUGGAGACGCAUCAGAAUUGUCGCUACUCUUGCAGCGUCUGUUCGCAUGUGUCGCGUAGCAAGGAUGCGUUGCGUAAGCAUGUCUCCUACCGCCAUCCCGGCGCACCUUCGCCCUGCGAAUCGGAAGCGCGUCGCAAACGUGCCUCUAAAGCGACUAAUGCCUCACCGCCGGUCAUUACCGUUACCACACCAACAAGCGCUGGCAAUUCAAGCAGCGGUAGCGCCACGCCCACCUCACCAGCUGCUGCAGUCAGCGCACCAUUUCAGUUGAAUCCACUCAAUACGAUUGCCACAACAGCGGCGACAACGGUGACCAACACAAGCGGCGCUGUUGGCAGCACGUCUGCCAUGGACGCGGAGGCGCAAAUGGUGGCGGCAGCACAAUUGAGUUCUGCAUACAUGUUUUUACCAAAUCAAUUUCACAUAGCGGCGGCAGCAGCUGCAGCUGCACAACAACAACAGCAGCAGCAACAACAAUUGCAAAAUGCCUUAGAUGCUUCAAAUACCGCAGCAGCUGUUGCAGCUUUGAGUUUCGCUGCAACUUCGGCGACAACUGCGCCGACCACUACAACUGCAGCGAAUGGCGAAGAUAGCGCUGCUGGCUUAUUGAUGGGCAAUACGCAUAUAAAACGUGAACCCAGUCCAGGUAUAUGUAGUCCCGGUGCGCGGCAACAAAUUAGCAGUAAUAAUAAUAGUCUGGGCGGUGGUGGGCCAGAUAUGAGUCCAACAAAUAUGCCUUAAUUCGAAUGGUUGUAGUAACUAUUUUAAACACACCAAACACAUUAUAUUUAGUAGCACACACACGCACUUUCACUAGCUUAUUUAUAUAACAAUUUUAAUUUCAUCUGUAUUUUAUUAUAAUUAUUAUUGCUUAUUUAGAGUAGUUAAAAAGCGGCUAUUAGACAUAAGUCCUUUAAAGACCUUUGAGUUCACAACAAUCCCAUCGUUAGCCCCGGCUGUGAUAAUUAGUGAAAACUGUUUUAUUUAUUUAUUUUAUGCAAGUUAAUGUUAUAAGCUUUAUUUAAUUUUUAUUAGCAGCAAUAUUUAUGUCUUUCCAACAAUCAGUUAGCACCAUUAAGUAUUGUCACUGACAACCGAACAGCUGUCACUGUUUGUAUAUAUAUAAGUGUUUGCAAUUUUCAAAAUCAAAUAUUAGAAAUUUAUAGUAUAUAUUAUUUACUAUUAGAAUUUUAUCAAGAACUUAAAUUGUAUAGGUU